AUGGAUUCCACGGCGAUUUCCAGGGCCAGCGGCAGUCCUCUCAUGUUUGACAGGGACCAAUACCGGGAAGAGGUGCUCCGGCUUUCCACCGACGCAGAGAACGCGCGGGCGCAGCGGCUUUUGGAUGAUGCGCGGGCGCUGGGUCUCAAAGUUCCAGAGAUUGAAAUCUCCGCUCCGCUCGCAGCUUCAAUGGCAUCGGGACUGAUCGAUAUAUCUUCGCCCGUCCUGUCCUCGGGCUCGUCCGCGACAGAUCGCAAUUCCAUUUGCGACGGGUCCAUCACCCCGUCCCAUGAACCGCUAUCUGCGGCUCGGCUCAAUGAAGUGGUGUCGUCCUUGUCGGAGGUCACAAUUGCGUCGGAUCGCAUCAAGCCCGGCAGCACCAGAUCGCUGGCGUCGCUGUCCACCCGGCCCACGUCAUACUGUUCCAGUGAGAGUCGGGCGGUGUUGGGGAACCCCAGCAAUGGGAAUGAGACGUCUUCGCCCUCUCAUCGUCAUUCGGUGUUGAGUUUUGCCUCGACGGAGAAGAAAGAGAAGCGUCGCCAAAGCCUCAAGAACGCCAUCGGCAGGAUACAGUUCCGCAAGAAGCGAACUCCAUCCUCGGCCAUGCUACCGCCCGAUGCGCAGAUCAUCUUUUCCAAGGGCGAAGGAGGUGUGGUGGAUCAUGUCUUUAUUGAAACGCGGCCCGAACGAUCGUCCAUAAGUCCCGAUGGUGACGCAGCCUCCAGCACCACGGCUGAAUCUCUCCCGCGAUUGGAGAUUCCCAUCUACGACAAGGACUCCAUGCAACGCAGCGUCACCGAGCCGAGAAUGCUGGAAAUGUUGGAGCGGCAUCAGCUGGAGAGAGAUCGACAUGUUGCCUUUCAGGAGACUGCACUGAGUAUUCUGCGCCAAAGACACCAGACUGCUAUAUCGAUGCGACAGAGUGAAAAUGAGCGUUUGGAGGCGGCGAAGCGUGAAAAGGAUAUCGAGCACGCUGCACGAAUGGAAGAACGACAACUCGUGGUUGAGAUGGAGCAACAGCGUGACUUUGAUCGGGCGAAACAAAAUUCGCGCACACGCAUCAAGCAUAUGGAAGGAUACUUUCGGAACGCCAGCCCACCACCUUCGUCGUCACCCGUGACCCAACAUUCCUCUGAAUCUUUCUCCGGAUCCGAGUCGACUACGCCGCCCACGCGCCGCUUCACACGCCAGCAAAAAGAGCAGCUCGAGCGACAGUAUCGCGAUCACGAAAUGAUGGACUCGCUCCAUGAAGCCCGGAUCAAGGUGCUUCGUGAACGGCAGGAGCUCAGGCUUCAAGAAGCAAUGGCACGCAUGGAGCGGGAGUUUAGCCAGAUGUGUGCCGAACACUCCAAACUCAUCACCGCGAUGCAGGCCGACCACCGGCGUGAAGAAUCGGGUCUCAUUCAAGCGCUUGAUAAUCAGAAAAUCGCUCUGCGGCACCGUUGGAAUCUAGAGGAGGCCAUUCUUCGCAAACAGCUGGAACUCCAAAAUGGUCACAUUUACGGACCAUUGCCACCGAUCUCGUUCACCGCUGCCAACACUGAAGCGACGGACUUGACCCCCUCGCCUCCAGCGCAGAACGACAGCCAAACACCCCCGGAAGCAGCAAGUUGA